AUAGAUCGCGGCUCCAACGCUGCGAAGCUCAUACCUUAUGAGGUCGCAUUUGUUUUGACAGAGUUAGCGAACCUUGUUUUUAGGGCGAUACUGUUUACAGUCCUCGAUAUGUUAUAGCACGAACAAAGAUCCUGGAUCUCAGAAGCAAUCAUGAAUGAAGACGCACACGAACAUGGGUCAGCCGUGCGUCGCAGCAGUUCGCUGCAACGACGACGAAGCAGCGACGCAUAUAGAAGAAGAUCAAUCAUGAGCGAAGCUAGCUUCAUGGAAGAUGUCGAGAUGGCACAAGACGAGAUCUUCUCAGGACCUAUGUCUGAAAGCGUUCCCAUGAGCGUGUCUUCCUUCGCGCACCGAACUCGAGCUCGGGCAGACUCUACCAUUAGCCAAACGAGCUUUGCCUUCUACGACGAUGACGACGAACAAGGCUCAGAGAUAACGGAGGAAGAUGUCUUUGAGGAGGAAGAGAAUGGUGAUCUGAAUGGCAAUAUGGAAGACUUUGAUGGCUAUGCAGAAGAGGGCGAGGAUUUAGAAAACGGCCGCCGCCCACAUUCGAUUCGGCGCAAAUCGUCGAACUACUCGAAGCACUCCAGACGGUCCUCCGGAUCAGCGCGCGCGCCAUUAUUACGAUUGCAUUCCCGGACGAGUAUUGAAUCGGGCGAUGGGUGGAGAGAUGGGAGAGUGAGCCAAAAGAUCUACAUUGUUACGGAGGAUCUCACGAUAGUCGUUGCUGGGUUCCAGACUUCCAUGAUCGGAUUCGCCAUCUACGUCACGAUGUGUAUAUGCACAGGUGGCCUAGCAUGGCUUCUAUUUCGUUGGCUACCAAGGUGGUAUGUUAAGAUCACGGGCUCACCGACUUCAUUGAGAGAUUGUGACUGGGUUGUCGUUGAAAAUCAAUGGGGCGAGAUGCAGAUAAUACAGAUCUCACGGGUAGGCUAUGAUAAGCCGCUAUCCACAAUAUUUGGUGUACAGGAUAAAGAUCUUCAUGGUGACUAUCAUGAGGAUGAUGAUCCCAUGGUAAAAGAGCUACUGACUUUGGACUAUCGAUACAUAAGGUUUUGCUUCAAUCCCCUCAGAGACAAGUUCAUGCUGGGCACGACUUGGAAGGAUCCCUCUUGGACAGAAAUCGAGGCUAUCCGCGGAGGUCUCGACACUGAUGAGAAGGAAUACCGCGAGACUUUGUUUGGAAAGAACGUCAUAGACAUCGAGGAGAAAACUACCGGACAGCUGCUUGUAGACGAGGCCUUCCACCCGUUCUAUGUCUUUCAGAUCGCCAGUCUGACUCUUUGGUCUUUGGAUGAGUACUACUAUUACGCAGUGUGUAUUUUCGUCAUUUCUAUCGUGUCCAUCACAGCUACACUACUGGAAACCAAAGCGACUAUGAGAAGAUUGCGCGAAGUAUCAAGGUUCGAGUGCGACGUCCGCGUUCUACGAAAUGGCUUCUGGCGUUAUGUUGAGUCGAGCGAGCUCGUUCCCGGCGACAUCUAUGAAAUCACAGAUCCUAAUCUGACACAAUUCCCAUGCGACAGUCUGCUUCUCUCGGGAGACUGCAUCGUCAACGAAAGCAUGCUUACUGGGGAGUCUGUUCCAGUCUCGAAGAUCCCUGCAGUUGAUGAGACUUUGGCAGCGUUGAACCUUGGAGCAACGGCCAUACCGGCGGACGUUGCUAGACACUUGCUCUUCAGUGGCACGAAAAUCAUCCGAGCUCGCAGACCACAGGAUGACAAGGACGACGAAGCCGCCGCCAUCGCCAUGGUUGCCAGAACCGGCUUCAACACCACCAAAGGGGCUUUAGUCCGCUCAAUGUUGUUCCCGAAACCAUCUGGCUUCAAGUUCUACCGUGACUCAUUCCGCUACAUCUCCGUCAUGGGUGGUAUUGCUGGCAUCGGAUUCAUUGUAUCAUUUGUCAAUUUUAUACACCUCGGCCUAGCAUGGCAUCUUAUCGUGGUUCGAGCAUUGGAUUUGAUUACCAUUGUCGUCCCUCCAGCGCUUCCGGCAACUCUCACAAUUGGUACUAAUUUCGCAUUGAGUCGACUCAAGCAGAAGAAAAUCUUUUGCAUCAGUCCGCAGCGCGUCAAUGUUGGCGGGAAGGUUGACGUCGUCUGCUUUGACAAGACUGGAACUUUGACAGAAGACGGUCUCGACGUCUUAGGUGUACGAGUUGCCCAACCUAGCAGGUUUAGUGACAUUCUUUCCGAGGCCUCUGAUCUAUUACCAGGAAAUCAGUAUGAGCGAGAUCCUACCGUGGACUAUGACAUCAACAAGGCUAUAUUGUACACAAUGACAACUUGCCAUUCACUGCGAAUGAUAGAUGGUGAGCUCAUUGGCGACCCUCUGGAUGUCAAAAUGUUCGAAUAUACCGGCUGGGUCUUCGAAGAAGGCCAGCAGCGGAACGGCAACAUUGAUGAUGACGAUCAACACAAACUCUCUCCAUCUGUGGCCCGACCACCACCAGGGUCAGAGUACGAUAUCGAUAACAAUGAAGGACCUAAUCGUACCCCAAUUGAGCUCGGCGUCUUGAAAAUUUUCGAGUUUGUAUCGCAACUCCGACGAGCCAGCGUCAUUGUUCGGCAAUUCGGGUCACGCGAUGGGAGUGUAUUCGUCAAGGGUGCACCUGAAUGUAUGGCCGAGAUCUGCAAGCCUGAGAGCUUUCCACCAGACUACGAAGAACUUCUCGGCUACUACACCCACCGUGGGUAUCGAGUCAUUGCUUGCGCGACUAAGGUGAUACCGAAGAUGAGCUGGAUCAAGGUCCAGAAGAUGAAGCGCGAUGAAGCAGAAUCCGAUCUUCAGUUCCUAGGUUUUAUCAUAUUCGAAAACAAGCUCAAGCCCACGACAGCGGGCGUCCUUGAUGAGCUGACCAAUGCUGGAAUCCGCAAGGUCAUGUGCACCGGAGACAACAUCCUUACUGCCAUCAGUGUCGGCCGUGAAUGUAACCUCAUCGAUAGGACUGCUCACUGCUUCGUACCACAUUUUGUCGAAGGCAACUCGGGGACUCCGCUGGCUAAGCUAAGUUGGGAGAGUGUUGACAAUCCUAUCUACACGUUAGAUGAACACACCCUCAAGCCACUCCCACCGCCUGCAGAGACUGAUGCUUCGCUACCAUACGAUAUCACGAAUCUGAGGAACUACUCGGUCGCUGUGAGUGGCGACGUGUUCCGAUGGAUCAUUGAUUACGCCUCCGAGAAAGUACUCCGCGAGAUGCUUGUGUGUGGGCAAGUCUUCGCACGCAUGUCCCCCGACGAGAAACACGAACUUGUCGAGAAGCUCCAAAGUAUCGAUUACUGUGUCAGCUUCUGUGGAGAUGGUGCAAAUGACUGUGGUGCCCUGAAGGCUGCAGAUGUGGGCAUUUCCCUCUCGGAAGCUGAGGCAUCGGUCGCGGCACCAUUCACCAGCAGAGUCUUUGACAUUUCGUGCGUCCCUCAGGUCAUUCGCGAGGGUCGUGCUGCACUGGUUACGAGCUUUAGCUGCUUCAAAUACAUGUCUUUGUAUUCCGCCAUUCAAUUCACGUCCGUCAGCUUUCUAUACGCAAGCGCAUCCAAUCUCGGCGAUUUCCAGUUUCUAUUCAUCGACUUAUUACUCAUUCUGCCAAUUGCGAUAUUUAUGGGUUGGACAGGACCGUACUGGGAGUUGUCUCGCAAACGCCCAACUGCGUCGCUCGUGAGCCGUAAAGUCUUGACACCACUCGUCGGGCAAAUCGUCAUCACCAUCUUCAUUCAGGCUGUCGGGUUCUAUUUCGUGCAGCGGCAGCCGUGGUACCAACCUCCUAUUCUGGACAAGAACCACUCGAACUCGAAGAAUUCCCAAAAUACGACUCUUUUUCUCCUUUCGUGCUAUCAGUACAUCCUAUUCUCAGUUGUGCUUAGCGUCGGCCCGCCGUUUAGGCAGAGUAUGGCUCGCAAUUUACCUUUCGUCAUAACAAUAGUUGUAACGAUGCUUAUUGCAUCUUACAUGCUAUUCGAUCCAGCCCACUGGCUAUACAAGCUGAUGGAGCUUACAGAUAUGUCGCUACAGUUUCAGCUCUUCAUUCUUGCAUUAGGAUUGGGAAACUUUUGCCUUGCGUAUGUGGGUGAGAAAUAUGUCUUCCCAAAUAUCGCAAAGGCGAUUGGAAAGACGAAGCAGAAGAUGAAUCCGAAAUGGAGGAAGCAGAGGAAGCAGUAUAAAUUGAUAGCAGAGGGGCAGACGUGAGAGGGGUCCUGCGAUACACAGUGGAAUGAAGGGUUGAGGAGGAUGUAUAUAUGAAUGCUGACAUGUUUAUUGUACAUAUUGAGUUUACUAUACAGUAGAAAUUGGAUCGUACAUAGCAACAAGUACGUAUCAUGUGGCGCGAGUUGAGACCGACGGCAUUUCCGGAUGGUCCUGGAAGUAUGCUGCGGCCGUUCUUGAACCGCCUAAACCAGAAGGAUCAGGCUCACAUAACGUCGAUCUUGUACUUUACAAUUCAG